GGCAUCUGGUUCAAAGAUAUCACAGUAUAAAACCAAGAAAAGAGGCUUAAACUAAAACAUUACUUAGUUUUAUUGUUGAUUCCCAGAACGAAAUUUUUUUUUUUAACGUUUGUUUUUCUCUCUCGCUCUGUUGUUGGAGGGGGCGAGGGGGACGUGAGACGCAGCAAUGGUUUUUCUCAGCUGUUCUCAGUUCAAGACGAUAAAACAAGUUUGCUAAUACAGCUUUGCGCGCAAAUGAACAAGACUUAAUUCUUAAAUUUUAUUUAGUUCUACUUACUCAAUUUCCUAGUUAUUCAGUUAUAUUCAUGUUGAAUAAAGUUUAAUAUCGCUGAUUAUGAUAUACGUAGGUAGCGCACAUUCUCCUGCUUCACCCUCGGGUCCUUUCCCAUAUCUGCGCACACAGAUUCUCACCUUGGCUGUAUAGGUCCUUGACAGAGAGUUGAGAGGAUGGCUCAGACGACAGACGUUCUUAGAUUUAAUGAGCAUUCUCAGACUUAAUAGCUUGUGAUCUUGAGGCAUAUCAUCCGAGAGCUGACGUUUAAAAGUAAAGAAUCCUAAAAUAUAAGAGAUCGCUAUGUCCAGGAAUACCACACCUCCUUCCUCUCAUAAACCCCAGUUGCCAGUAUAUUGUUGGAUGGGCACAUGGCCUUUCUAGUCACUGGUCUGAGCAAGCCUUAGUUUGCAACAUGCAGGUGACGUGUUAUAGUCCAGUUCAUUAAAAGCCCAACAAUUUGCUCACUUUAUUUGAAGGAGGGAGAUAAGGAACACACUUGGUACUGGCAGCCGAAGUGUUCAUUCUUAGCUAAUUGUUUUCAUCAGGAGAAAGAUGAAGACGGACAUUGCAAGUGGUCUGAUCAUGUUUGUUAUGGUGUUGGCAUUGGGAUCAUUGGUCAGUGGAACACUUUCAAAAAGUGAUAAAACCAAAAACAAAAAAAGGGAUAGCCAGAAGGUGGUCCUGAGUGUUGUUGACAGAGGUCUUGUCACUGCAGAAGUGAAGAGGAAACACAUUUUAGAAGAACACUCACGAUUUUCACCUUUAAUACAAGAUGUAAAAAAUUUCAAAGGUCCAGUUCUUGGAUAUGUCACACCGUGGAACAACCAUGGCUAUGAUGUGGCAAAAAUGUUUGCCCAUAAGUUCACCCUUAUUUCCCCAGUGUGGUUGCAGCUGAAGAAGAAACCAAAUGGAGUAUUUGUUAUUGAAGGAAGUCAUGACAUUGAUAAAGGUUGGAUCAAUGAAGUUCAAAGUGGAAAAAAUGUGAGCAUUGUUCCAAGGGUGCUGUUUGAUGGUUGGGGGUUAGCUGACUUCAGUGCUUUGUUUUCAAGUGAAGAUGCCAUAGAAGAUUGUAUAGACACCUUGGUCAACUUUUUAAAGGGAAAGAAAUUUGAUGGUGCUACCAUAGAAAUAUGGCCUCAGGUGGGAGGAAAUAUGCGCAGUGAGCUGACACAUUUCUUACUACACCUUGGAGAGGCAUUGCACAAACAGAAGAAGAUUCUUGUACUUGUUAUACCUCCACCAGUUCGAUCAGGCACAGAAGGGAUAUUUGGUCGACAGGAUUUUGAGAAUCUGCGUUCUGCAGUGGAUUAUUUCAGUCUCAUGACUUAUGAUUACUCUAGUAGAAGGAUGCCAGGUCCAAACAGCCCCAUUCAGUGGGUCCAGGAGUGUGUAGAGAUCCUUUCGCCAACAUGGGAUCCAGAAGAACGAAAGAAAAUAUUGGCAGGCUUGAAUUUCUAUGGCACAUACUAUAUAGUGGGCUCCAAGGUGGAACCAAUCCUGGGUUCUCAGUAUGUGGAUCUCCUGCAGAAGCAGAAAGUGAAUAUUGCCUGGGAUCCUGCAAAUGCUGAACACGUUACAGAGUUUGGCAGCACUGCUCAGGGACAGCAUGUUAUAUACUAUCCCAGUCUAUAUUCUAUCCAACAACGACUUGAGUUGGCUUCAAAGUUUGGUAUUGGGAUAUCUAUCUGGGAACUUGGUCAAGGAUUGGACUAUUUUUAUGAUCUUUUUUGAAAAAAAACUGUUUCUCCUUUAUGUUUACAGCUUGUUUCUUUCAAUAUUUGCGGUUGUUUUAGAUUUGCAUAUUUCUUGAUCAUUGGAGUACAGCAUAAGGAUAUUUAUGAAAUGUUGAUAUUUUAAAAAAAAAAAAUUGUUUUACAUAAGUUAAAUCGCUCCUUUGGUAGCAAACAGUGUGAUUGAUAUAAAAUCAAUUAAUGUAGAUUUUAUACAAUAUCAUUACUAUAUUAUUUACCGACUUCACUGCCACUGCUUUGCUCCAUGAUAAAAACUUCUAAAAAAUGAUGCUUAUUUUGCAAAAACCAAAUCCUCCUGGAAAACAUAACUUAAGCACUAAAAAAUAUAUAAUAUACAUACAGAGCUGUGUGUUGGGUGAGAGAGAGUACUGUUAUUUUACACCCUUCCUCUGUCAGUUGUAAUUCAUAUUAUUGACAUGUUAAUGUAAAGCAUAAAGAGCCUGGCUACAUGCUUGGAUUUUACUAUCUCCAAGCAUCUCUUCUUAUUAUUCUUCUUCUUAUCAUUAUUCUUCUUAUUAUUAUAGAAAUUUGAGAUUACUAAAGUCAACAGUACAUUAUUCAGAUGUCCAAACCAGCUUAUCUUUUCCAAGCCUCAUGACAGAAAUGUGCUGAGAGCACUUACAGAAGAUAUUUCUGAAUAACAUUUGUACACAAAGGUGCUUGUGACGGACAAGCAGAAACGUUGGAAUAGAAAUAAUAAUACCUUAGUGCCCAUUAAGACAAAUGUUGCAAUGGAAAUUUUUCUUUCACAGCAGAUGGUAUAUGAAAAAGACAUAUACAUCAAGGAGUUUGCCUCAAUGUAUAACAUCCUUUAACAAAUACAUAGAAAUAACAUGCACCUUACAACCUAAGUUUUUGCUUAUACUUGUGAGCAUAAACUUCACCUGAGGCACUUUAAUUCUUUGAAACAAUUAUGUGGGUGACUUGUAAUUUAAAUUAAGAAAUGGUCUUGAAGAAGCAUGUCUAAUUUGAAAAUUCACUUAAUUUGAAAUAAGAUUUGUUUGUAAUGGUCAAAUUUUAACAAAUUUAACACUUAGUUUGAUUUUUUUUCACCAUCAUCAUAAAUGUUUUAUAAUUUUCAAUCUUUACCUAGUAUUUUCUUCAUGCUAAUAAUUGAUUCACCAUGUUCACAAUAAACAAUUCCAACUUUAAUUCUAAAGAUAUAACCUUUC